UGUUUACGUUGUCAGCUUUUCUUUAGUACUUACUAAACUUACUAAAACCACCUAAUCAGACUUUGGAGUUUGGAUGUUUGUAUUUUAUUACCAAUACUAUCAUCAUCAUUAAUUAAUAAUUUCCCAAAAGACAGUGGAGGCUUCCUACGCUGACCCCUGUCAGCGACUUCGACUGACUCCGUACUGCAUCAGGCUGCCUCUGCGCCCAAUGUACAACUGCCUAGACUGCCUUUACGAUCAUCUUUUCUAAUUGAUUUAUAUUGUUUUCAAAGAGAUCAUAAUGAACAGUGACGUAGAAUUGCACAUAAGGGAAAAGGUCUCUUGGUACAAAUUGCCCGCGAAUGUCAAACAGUUUUUGGGCAACUCACAAAAAGAAUAUGAAAAAGCUGUCGUCAAUUUUCGCAUAAAAAACCAGUUGAAGUACCCAAGAAAUAUCGUCAGGCGUUGCAUGAAGGAGCAGCAGUAUUAUGAAGACAUGCUCGUAUACAGUCAGACGAGUCUACUGCUGUACCCUUACCAUCUAAGCUACAACAUAGUACGAGGUCUCCGGGUCACCCCUUUUCAGUAUUACACGAGAGUUUUGGAAACGCUCAUGGACAACGAAGGGAGUUACGAUUCCUUGCCGAAUUUCACGGCUGCUGAUUGCCUUAGACUCCUUGGGAUCGGCCGAAAUGAGUACAUAGACCUGAUGAACCAGUGUCGAUCGAGGCGAAAACUUUUUAGGAAGAAAAACAUCCGCGAUUUACUCCCUCAGAAGCCUGUCGACAUAAACAUGGAGCCCUGGUGGAUUGUUCAAGCCGGCUGCAUAGUCGAGGACGACAUAAAAUUUAUAACUGAACAAGAGAAAAAUUUAAUCGACAAGCUGUAUGAUAACGGUGCACAAGUCGUCGGCGACUUGGAUUUUGAAACAGUCCACAAACUUUACAAGAAAGGAUUAAUUUAUUUGGACGUUCCGAUAGAAAAGGACGACAUAGUUGUCGUACCUCCUUUAAAAGGUUUCGUAAUGAACCGAGUAUUGGGCGACAGUUUUGAAAAUCUACUGUAUAAAAUAUUCGUCUCAAUUGAUGAGCACACAACUGUUGGAGAGCUUGCAGGAGUUUUACAAAUAAAUUUCAAGUUGGUCAAAAGAGCAGUUUCGCUUUAUUGCCGGCUAGGUUUCGCCAAAAAGAAAAACUGUGAUUCCGAUUUUGACAAUUGGAACCAAGGAGCUCCAAGCCCAACGAAGAUGAUUUCUUCUUUUAGUAAAGUAUACAAUACCGAAGGCAGCAAUGAAGAGGAACGAAGGACUAAAAUCGCCUUUUUGUUUGACUCGACAUUGACGGCGUUUUUAAUGAUGGGAAAUUUAUCACCAGGAUUGAAAAAUCAUGCGGUAACAAUGUUCGAAGUGGGAAAAUUGACUGAUGAAUCCAUGGACAGCUUUCUUUGUGAGCUUGAAAAGGUGAGCACAGCGAGAGAUGAUAGUGAAGGUGAAGCGAGAAGGUAUUUCGAGCACGCUCUCAUCCUGCGUUCUACCAUUAUCGCCCUACGUCAUCAAGGGUUAGAUCUUGUCAGAUGCGAAAGCCUUCAAUCUUUAGAUAACGAUAUGUGCAAUAGGCUCUUAAAUAAAAAUUACGGGCUUUUGGUUUCAAUGGCGCCUCUUAGUGGCGAAGUGACUCCCAUCAUAUGCGAAAAUUUGCCACAUCUAGGCCCUCCUUGUCCUCAAGCGCAUACACCUUGGUUCAAAUUAUUUCUAUACCAUGUGACAGGAAGCGGUCCUCCUUCCAUACUUUUUUCACGUGGUACAAGAAUAACAGUGCUGCCUUCAAUACUUAGAAAUUGUGAUAAAGUUUUAUUUACUUCAUGGGGACAUGAUCCGACUGUUAUUCCUCUUUCCAACCUUUUGUUUUCUUUGAACGAUGCCUUGUGUUAUUCACCCGUUCUUGUCCAGGUCCAUGGUAACGACGAUAACGAUGUUGACACUCAUUUAAUACCAUUUCCCUUUGUAGAAACAUCAGAUUUCGAAAGCGGGACUGAAAUUUUCAAAUACCAUCCCGCCGUCGUCAGACUUGCAAAGGAACUUGACAUCAAUCAUACUUGCGGGUAUAUAACAAUGAUCAAGGUCAAAAGUCCAAAUUUGCCGAGUAAACUUCAGGUGAAAGAUACACUGUCGCUCCCUUUGAAAAUGCAUGAACACCAUCCUCAUUUGGACACGCCAGCUACGCCUUCUUCAGUCGAAGCUUGGCUCCACACGAUAUCUUCCGAAGGAGGAGAGUUUAAUACAAAACAAUUUAUUGUAACUCCGUUGAAAGAAGAAGAAGACGAAGAAGACCAAGGUAAUUCUGCAGCUAAUGAAGAAAAUACGGAGAUGGCCGGUAAUGCAGAUGGUCUCGACAGCAGUGAGAGUUCUACUGAAAGUGGUUCAAAAGUUGAAGUGCCUUGCCCCACAGCUUUAAGGAUAGGAAUAUCUGAAAGGAGAAUGACUUGCGGUCCUAUAAAUAUUGACGAAUGGUCUUUGCUCGACUGCAGCUUCGGCAUUCCAUUGUUCGAUGAAAUCGUUAAUAAAAAAAUAUGCAAAACUGUCAUUGAAAAGUUAAUAUUGCCUGAAAGUUUACAAAAAUUGAUUGUAUUAAACAAUACACUUUCUUCGAGGCUUAUUUCUUUCAUUGAACAAGUCCAGAGUUGGAGUGACGAUUCUUGGAUGUCUUCGAUGAAAAAUAAAGAUAACAACUGGCCAGUUUUAAACAUUAUGUUUAAUAACGGCCAGUUGUUUCCUUGGGAUGGGAAAUAAAAGCUUUUUUAUUUAUUUAUGCAAUAAUAAUAAUUAAAAAAGAUACUUAAAUAAAAGAAAUAUAUGUUGAUAGAAUUUUAUUCCCUUGUUUAGAAUUGUAAUAAUUUAAUGAGUCUUAUUUAAUAUUUACCAUGGAAAAU